AUGGCUGAAAGCCUGGAGAAUAUCCACAUCGCUGCCGACCCAUGCCCACACCACCCCGAAGCAGGAGCCUAUCAGCCUGAGGACUGGCAAUCCGAGACUACCUCGAUCGCCUCCGAUCUAUACAAAGGGUUCAUGGAGAAUGGCCGACGUUGUCAAGCCCUAAGAAGCUCCGGGUAUUUUAGCCCUGCCGACGAGAAACAAUUUGAGACUCGUGAAAUGGGACAUCUCGCCGCCUUGCUCAUGAAUUCCGCCAGAGCAAACCCUUUAUUCUGUGCUCCUGUUCAGGACCCAAAACGUGUGCUUGAUGUCGGCACGGGACAAGGCGCAUGGGCCAUGGACGUUGCUGACAUGUUUCCGAACGCUGUUGUUCGGGGUGUCGACCUCUUCCCUCCACCAGGAAGUUGGAUCCCACCCAACUGUGUUUUUGAAGUGGACGACGUAUUGCAAAGGUGGACAUGGCGGGAGAAUUUUGCUUUGAUCCACCUGCGACACGGGAUUGGCGCCUUCACGCCUGAGGAGUGGGCAUUUCUAUACGAGCAAUGCUACGACAACCUUGAACCCGGCGGCUGGUUUGAACAGAUCGAAAUGAAUAUUCAAUGCGAGUGUGACGACGAGAGUAUUGCGGCGGAUAGUGUGCUAUUGACUUGGGGGCCACGGUUUUUUGCGGCUGGCGAAAAGCUUGGGAAGUCACUCGAUGUCACAAAAACAAUGCGCGCGUCUAUCGAGAAAGCUGGCUUUGUUGAAAUUCACGAAGAGAACAAAAAAUGGCCGAUCGGACCUUGGGCUCGGGAUAAGUCAUUGAAAGAGGCGGGUAUGGUUAAUAUGCAGCACUGGCUGGGCGGAAUGGAAGGAUAUUCAAUGUAUUUACUCACCAAGUGUGGGGAUCCGAUGCCAUGGUCGAAGGAUGAAGUGUUGGUAUAUGUUGCUCAGAUGCGGAAAGCACUGACCAACCCACGCACUCCUGCCUAUCAGUAUGCCAAACGUAUCUGGGCCAGAAAACCAUUCCCUGUCUAA